AUGCAACGGCACGAGUUUGACCUUCCCAGUGAGCUUCCCGCAGAAGACAUCAAUGAACUAUAUCACAGCCAUGGAUCGACUUCAACAACAACGCAGGUCGACGUUGAAGCUGACAAGGACGAGCUUGUCAGCGGGCGACAACAUCCUCUCGAGGCAGGGCAAGAAGGAAGCAGCAACACGAGCGAUUCAGUGGAGAAGAUAGGCGCUGCCGCGGCCACGACGCAGCUGGCACAAGGGCCCAAGGGAGCUCCAGAUGGUGGGAUGGAGGCCUGGCUCACUGUUCUGGGUGGCUUCUGCGCUAUGUUCGUCAGCUUCGGCUGGGUCAACUGCAUGGGCAUUUUCAUCGAUUAUUACAAGACACACCAGUUGCAGGACGAGUCCACCAGCACUGUGACAUGGGUCACGUCUCUGAUGACCUUCAUGAUGUUUUUCGGGGGCCCCUUCGUCGGGAUCCUCUUCGACAACUUCGGACCCCGAUACAUCGUGCUCGCCGGCACCUUCUUCCACGUCUUCGGACUCAUGAUGAUCUCCAUCUCCACGGAGUACUACCAGUUCCUGCUCGCCCAGGGCCUGUGCAGCCCGAUCGGCACCAGCGCGCUCUUCCACUGCAGCAUCAACUCCAUCAGCACCUGGUUCGGGCGGCGGCGCGCGCUCGCGCUCGGCAUCGCCACCAGCGGCGCCAGCCUGGGGGGCGUCAUCCUCCCGAUCAUGCUCACCCGGCUCUUCGACCAGCUCGACUUCGGCUGGGCGGUGCGCAUCUGCGCCUUCCUGAUCCUGUUCUGCCUGGUCAUCGCCAACUGCACCCUGAAGUCGCGGCUCCAGCACCGCCGCAAGCCGUUCCACUUCCUCGACUUCGUGCGGCCCCUCCGCGAGGUCCCCUUCCUGCUCACCACCGCCGGCACCUUCUGCUUCUUCUGGGGCAUGUUCCUCCCCUUCAGCUUCAUCCCCAGCCAGGCGCAGAAGAACGGCAUGUCGGCCUCGCUGGCAUCGUACCUGAUCCCCAUCAUGAAUGCCGCUAGCACCCCAGGCCGCAUCAUCCCGCCCUACCUAGCGGACCUGUUCGGCCGCUUCAACCUGAUGAUCCUCAUGACGUUCCUGUCCGUCGUCCUCGUGCUGGGCCUCUGGCUCCCCACGCACGGCAAUGUCCCCUCCAUCUGCUUCAGCGCCCUGUACGGCUUCAGCUCGGGCACCGCCGUCUCCCUGGCCCCCGCGCUCGUCGCCCAGAUCUCCGAGAUCCGCGAGAUCGGCGUCCGCAGCGGCACGUACUUCUUCCUCGUCAGCUUCGCCGCCCUGACCGGCACCCCGAUCGCGGGCGCCCUGCUCCCGGACCCCUUGCACGGGUCGUAUCUCAAGCUGAAUGUCUUCUGUGCGGUGGUGAUGUUCUCCGGGGUGGUGUUUUAUUGCUUGGCCAAGUUGUGGAUUAGUGAGGGGAGGGUGGUGAGGAAGGUUUAA